GACCCCUUCUUGUGACACUGCUAUUUCCUCUGUUUUCCUCUGUACGCAAGAAUACAACAAGCUCAAAUUUUGUUGCCUUAAAAUUUCUUGCCUAUUAAAGCAUAUAAUCCAAUAUUAUAGCAUAAUUUUCUUUUUAUCGUAAUCGAAUUUUAAGGUAUAUUAUGGAAAAGGGCAGGGAAUCAAUGCCCUAUUAUAUGCUUUAGCUGUUUCAACCUAUUCAAUAACUGUAGCCUCACUGGUGAAGAAACCUGAGAGGUUUCCAAAAAGGUUUCUUUCUCCUCCAAAAGCAAACUGGAAAAAGACACGAGAAAAUGGAUUUCUUGGCCUUACACAAUCAUUUUCCUGCCUACUUGGAAUUGCUUUGCUUAACACAUCUCCUAGAAGCUAAGCACCCUUCCUACAUCAAACCUUAAAAUCUUGACUUGAACUACAAGAAAAUCGGUCUCAUGUAAGAAGAAUUCCAUUCCUUUUCCCUCUUCAGUCUUCCUUCAUUAUUUAUUAUAACAUGAUCAAAAAGGCAAUUGAGAUUACCGAAACUCAGAAAUCAAAACCAGUUAGCAACUUGAAAUGGAGGCCUCUAGCUCUAGCUCAUGCACUAUUGAAGGCAACACAGGGAUUGUCUUCUUUGACUUGGAAACCAAUGUACCCAACAGAGCCGGACAACGUUUCUGGGUGUUGGAGUUUGGUUCUAUUGUAGUUUGCCCACAUAAGCUGAUUGAGCUCGAGAGCUUCACUACUCUCAUAAAACCCAAAGACUUGUCUGUUGUGGCAUUGAGGUCUGGUCGUUUUGGAGGGAUAACAAGAGAUGCCAUAGUAGAUGCACCUGAGUUUGAGCAAGUUGCAGAGAAGAUAUAUAGCAUUCUGCAUGGCAGAAUCUGGGCAGGCCAUAAUAUUCAAAGAUUUGACUGCAUUCGCAUCAAGGAGGCCUUCACUGAGAUUGGCAAGCCUGCACCUGUUCCUGUUGGAAUAAUUGAUUCUUUAGGUGUGCUGACUGAGAAAUUUGGCAGGAGAGCUGGUAAUAUGAAGAUGGCAAGUUUGGCUACAUACUUCGGACUUGGAGAGCAGAAAACACAGGUAUUGUUGAUUCUUUGUAAGCAUAAUUUCUGCCUUGUCUCUAAAGAAAAGAAUUACUUAGAUUGGCUGAUGAUCACACCCAGGAGCCUUGAUGAUGUUCGGAUGAACUUGGAGGUCCUCAAGCACUGUGCAACUGUUCUCUUCUGCCUUCCAAGCGUACUGAGUGGUAAAUGGCCACAGCAGAGCUCUCCAAGGAUGACAACAAGAAGCAGUAGUAGAAACAAUGCUAUUGGAAGAUUACCAUGCAGGUCAGAAGAAGCAAUGACCAGGAAAUCUCCUUCAACCUCUCUUGGAUAUCAAAGAAGUGUACCCUAUACAAGAGGAAGUUUAGGCAAGGUGACAGAAAGUGUGAAGAAUCUAUUGUGUAAAGCUCAAGGAAACCAGCCUCUUAACAACCUUCUCAAGCAUUCUCAUUCCUUGCUUCCAUGAGGAAGAAGAUGGAUUGGAGGACUACCAAAAAAGUGUUAAUCAGAACUAAGUAAAGAAGAAAGGGAAAGAAAGAUUUGCAUUUUUCAUCCAAUACGCGGAACAAACCUCUCGAUUUCUCCAAAGGGGAAUGUUCGGUGUUCAAUAGAUGUUGUUCUCUAAUUAAAAAUGAGUAGUUGUGAAUAUUUGAUUGGAUUAGAUUGACAAAGAACUUGACUUUUUUUCCAAUCUUCUCAGAAAGUUUUACACAUCACUUUCACAGUAAAUUAUUAUAUUUAGUUGGUUAAUAAAAUUUCCAAGACAUUUAAGCA